AUGUCGAGCUACGCCGCUCUCAAGGAGAUGGCGCUCAAGAAGAAGGAGGAGGAGCAGGCCACACUGAACCGAGAACGAGAGCAGAAGGAGCGAGAAGCAGCUGUCAAACAGUCCGCACGAGAGGCAGCGGAACGGGAGCAAAAAGAGCGCGAACGCAAAAUCCUGGUGCAGCGCCUAGCUCGUCAGAAGGAGGAAGAAGCCCGUGAACGCUCACGAAAGGAAUCCGCCGCCAAGCUUCGGCAAGAUCAGAUGGCAGACGGGAGCAAUGCGGACAGGUCAAAGCUGGGUUCAUCAUCAAAGCAGCGUCUAUCUGAUCUGGACAGACCCAAGUCCAAGUCCAACAAGGCGUCCGGCUCGACGCAGAAGAUCGACUUGUCCGACGUGCUCAAGAAGAGUCCCAGCGACGCAAAGGCAGCUAGGAGGAAGCGAAAGGCCGACGAGGACGACUUUGUCGGCAAUCGACUCGACAAGAUCAGCGGCAGCAAGAAGGGGUCCCACUCAUCUUUGUCGUCCACGAGCGCUCCAAAGCGCAAGGCCGUUCCCAUGACACGCGAGGAGAAGCAGGCGAUCAAGCGUGCCAGAGAAUUCGGAUCCCUCCCAAGGUUACCGCCCAUCGGCCGUCUGCUUCCAAGCUCCGGGUCCUUGAGAUCAAGUCCGAGUACCAGCGCUGGUGAAGAACAUCGAAACAAUCGACCGUCGGCUCACAAGCCACUUGCUCAGGACAACGGACUGGUGGCACUGGGCACAAAGAAGCGAGACCAUCGCUCCAUCGACGAGAUCGAGCGUGACCUCAAGAGGGUCAAGGAAGCCAAAGGGGAGGGCAGCAGCCAAGGAUCGUCGCAGGCUGAGCUCGAGCGGGAAGCUGCUUUGCUGCGGAGACAAAAAGCCAUGGAGCAGAAGCGCAAAAGCGACCAAGAGGCUAGAGCAAGGGCGCGGAAAGAGAAUGGCGACGAUGCCGACUCCAAUGAUGAUCUGUUCGGCUCGGACGAUGAAGGAGCCACCGCUCGCAGCUCUCGAAAAGCCUCUCCGACCAAGCCGAGCCAACGCACUGCCGCCACAAAUGGCCGUCAUAUUAGCUCAGCGAAAGUCGGCAGUCCUCUGCCCUCGGCGCACACGAAGGAGCCGAAACCAAUUGCUUCGCGAGCAUCUGGUGGCAUCAAUCCUGCCGAUUUCCUACCCGGCGCGCCUCUCCGAGCUGAAGCUGCGGCACGACUCACUCAGAAAGCCAAAGCUGCGUCGGGCCCAGCAUCGUCCCGCAGAUCGCCAGACUCGGACACUCCGUCGAGGGGGAGGCGGACGCAAGCCGACAAAGAAUCCUCUCCUGUGCCGCCCAGCGCACCUCCCAAGAGGGAAACAGCGAGGGACCGCUUCAUCCGCGAGCAAGAGGAAAAGAAAAAGUCGGCGGUCGGCCGUGCCGGCAAUGACGAGCAUAGAAAGGGCCGACGAGGCUCCAGCUCGUCCGCAGAGUACGACAGUGAUGACGAUGACGAGGAUGAGUACGAGAGCGACGGCGUGGAAGAAGAUGACGAUGGUGGCGACGGGGGCAGAGAGAACAUUCGGGACGAGAUCUGGAAGAUGUUUGGCAAAGAUCGCAAAAAGUACGCCAGCCGGAUUGUGGACAGCGACGACGACAUGGAGGCGGACGCAGCUUCGGUGUUGCAAGAAGAGCUCAGAAGCUCCAAGCAGGCACGAGAGGAGGACUUGCGAGAGGAGCAGCUGGAGAAGCAGCGCGAGCGCGAGAAGCUCAUGCGCAAGCAGGCCACACAGCGAGGCUCAGGCCGUUGA